AUCAGCCCUUAUACUGCACAUUACAUUGGCAUCCACGGAAGCCAAAAAAUAGAAAGCAAUCAGCAGCCAGUGUCAUUCAGAGUUUUCGGUUUUCUUGUCGUUUGACAUGGGCCGUUGGUUGAAGCCAGAUGUGUACCCGUUGAUCGGCGCCAUGUCGCUGGUGACGGGGAUGUGCGCGUUCCAGCUGGUGAGGAACGUCCUGCUCAACCCGGACGUGCGGAUCAGCAAGAGCAACCGGCAGAGCGCGGUGCUGGAGAACGCCGAGGAAGGGGAGAAGUACAGCCAGCACGCCUUCCGCCGCUUCGUCAGCGCGCACCGCCCGGAGGUCUUCCCCGCCAUCAACCGCUUCUUCUCCGAGUCCGGCAGCAAGUGAUCCAUCUUGGGCAAACAUGUUACUACGUGCCAGGAAUGAAGAUAUUUGUUAGAUAAAAUAAAAGCCCGGCAACUUGUUUGUUUUUGCGCUUAAUUAUUCGCGACGCGCCUAGGUUUUGAAUUUUUUAUUUCAAGUUGAACCAUCAAAUAUUGGUGAAAGUGAUGUCUUCCAUAGAUCAACAGGCAAUCAUUUGAAUUCGGGUGUCAAUAUAUUCAGAGUUCAGAUUGGA